AUGGCUCCCUCACUCUUUUCACUUCUGGCACCGGCUUUGCUCAUUGCGCAGCAGACCCUGGCUGCGCCAUCUGCUUCUACCACACAGGCCUGCAAAGACAUUGAUGCUAUACUCCCCGACCGUCUCUCCUGGCCGCUGGAACUGGCAUACAUCAACGAGACGCAGGAGUACUGGUCCACCGCCCUCCGGGAUCUUCAACCUGCCUGUGUUGUCCAUCCGACAGACGUGGACGAGGUCGCUUCCAUUGUCCAGAUUCUCAAUAAAUAUCCCGAUGUAGAGUUCGCAGCCAAGAGUGGAGGGCACGACCCCAACCCAGGCCAUGGGAGUAUCCAGGACGGCAUUCUGAUUGCUCUGAGGUACAUCACGGGCGUCACCUAUGAUGCCGACACGAACCUGGCCUAUGUCAAGCCCGGUGGCACCUGGAACGAUGUCAUCGGCGGCCUUGCGCCCUACAACGUGACCGUGGUCGGUGGUCGUCUCGGCAUUGUCGGCGUAGGAGGAUAUCUUCUCCAAGGUGGAAUCUCCUUCCUCAGCGCACAGUAUGGCCUCGCUGCCGAUAGUAUCAUCGGCUGGGAGAUUGUCUUGCCGAACGGCACCAUUGCCAACAUCGACGCCAGCACUCAACCCGAUCUUGCCGUUGCCCUGAGAGGAAGUGGAAGCCAGUUUGGUAUCGUCACAAAGUUUACCAUCGAAGCCCACCCAAUCAGCCAGGUCUGGGGAGGUUUGAGAGCCUAUACCGACGACCACCGCGACGAACUCUACGCCGCUCUCCACAACUUUGUGCCCAACAACGCCAAUGAUCAGAAGGCAGCCAUCAUCUUUACAGACAUCCUAGCCAUCGAUGUUGUUCCUUUGAUCCUUGUCUACUAUUUCUACGACGGCGAAACUCCACCAACUGAUGGUCCAUUGGCGGAAUUCCUAGCAAUCGAUGCGCUCAUUGAUGAGACGGGAACAAAGUCCUAUGCAGACCUCUUGGAGACCAAUGGCGAUCCGGCAUCGUUUUUCGUCGCGCGAUUUUCAUUCCGAGAAUUCACCAUUCCCUACGUUCCCAACUACCCCGGUAUUUACCAGGAGAUCCACGACUACUGGACCUCGGCCGUGACGGGCGCGCUCGCCCUGACAGAGCAGUGCAGCAUCGACUACCAGCCCGUCCCGUCCAUAAUUGGACAGCACAGCGAGGAGCGCGGCGGCAACGCCAUUGGCUUCUCGUCGUCGGACCCGGACCGGCUGUUCCUCGAAAUGGAGUGCGCCUGGGCCUUUGGCAUCAAUGACGCGACCGUCUACAGCAUCACGCAAGACGUGACGGCCUGGCUCGAGACCAAGAUACCCGAGUGGAACGCUCUGGCCGGCCUCGACGCCGAUGCGUAUCUGCCGUACUUUAUGAAUGAUGCCACGGGUGACCAGAAUGUCACGGGCUCCUACAAGGCGUACGACGACCUCAAGGCCCUGCAGCGCGAGGUUGAUGUCGAUGGUCUGUUCAAUGCCAGGGCUGGUGGAUUCAAGUACUAG